AUGCGCCUCUCAACCGCCACCCCGUUCUCCACUGCCCUGGUCCUAAUUCACUUUCUUCAAGCAACCUCCGCCCUCACCCUCACAACCUUCCAACCGAUCAACGGCUUCGACGCCGCCUGCACAAACGCCUACAACACGCCCCUCACAGACUGCUCCAAUUCCGACUUCGCGGGGAAAGGCUGCUCCGUGAAGUGCGUCGGCUUCCUCGAUAGUCUGACAACUGCCUUGAACGAAGCUUGCGCUGGCACAAGCGCAUAUCCGAACACGUUGAUAGGGCUAUUCUUUGACGGGUUGGGUGUCCAGACAAUUUGCUCGACUGCGAACGGGGAUUCAAACCCUGGCGGUGGGGGAGUUGAGCUCGGACAGGCUGGAGGGCAGGAUGGGGCGAUUGGUAGUCAGUCUGCAGCGAGGGAAGCGAGCGUAGCGACUACCAGCACUAUUACCAUCUCAACCACCUCGAGCGCUACUACAUCUACGACGUCUCAAGCCGCUGCUCCGUCCUCGACCACGACAGUCGUUACCACGCCUCAAGCCGCAGCUACAUCCUCGACCACGACAGUCGUUCCAACUACCGUCACUCCUGAACCUACAACUACGAGCGUUGCAGUCGUUGGGAUUACAGUAGCGCCAGAGUCACCUUCAGAUGCUUUGACCAGCACAUCACACACGAAGAGCUCCACUUCGAUAUCUAGCACCUCGACAUCUACCAGUAAUGACAACGGUGGAGGGACGCCGCUGGAUGUAGGGUCUUCAGCAUGCCAUGACGCAACAGUCAGGGUGUGGCUGUUUGCCCUACUGGCAGGAUCUGCUGUUGUAGCUUUGGUACUGGUGUUGGAGGCCAGCGAGGUCACUGACUUGAGACGCGAUUGCAUAUACGAGGCUAGCGUGCGGGACGAUGAUAGAUGA